GCACAAAGAUUGAUGACGUCGAGCGCAUGCGGCUGAGAACAGGGAGAAGUGAGCAGGGAUGAACAAUUAUUUUAGCGCAGCAUCAGACUUUUGAUGGUGAUCAGUAUGUAAGCCGCCCUUCCUUGACUUUAAAGCAAAAUUAAAGAGUGAUCUUCAUGAACAAGUGCAAGCACCUCUGCCACUUCCCUCUGUUUUGCCAGAUAACUAGAAGACGCCAAUUAAAUUUUAUCAAUCAAUUUACGUAUCUGACUGAAAGGCCAUUUCAGAUAAGUGCAAGUUCAUUUACAAAGUGCAUUACAUUUAAAAUGGCCCAGUUUUUUUACCCAAGUUCCCAGAUCAUGGCUCAUAAUAACACAAAUCUUCACCAAAUGAAUAGUGGAAGUACAUCGGACUUAAUGUCACAGCUUGCCCAAUUUAGUAACAGAAGCCUGCAGCAGAUGAAUUGUUUACCUCAGAUCUCUUGGGGACAAGAAAGGCUGAACAACCAACUAGCAGCUGCCAGUACAAUACUAAGACUUACCCCACAGACACCAAAUACAGACACGUUCCAGGACAUGCGAUUUAUGGGAUUGAUGAACUCUAACAUACCAGGAGAUCAUAGAUAUGGUCAGCAAAGUCAUGGGUCUUAUAGGUCUUAUCAUAGUGACUCAAAUGCCAGAAAUGGUAGAAGGGGCGGAAGCUCUUCCAUGGACUAUAGAGUUUCAAGAAAACAGCAGUCAAAUUGUGAUCGUAAUGAAACAACUCCACCCAAAACUCCCCCAAGACGUCAUUCUUAUCACCAGGAAACAAAAGGAAAUAGUUUGCCAAGGUCAUCUAAAGCAUCUGACAGAAAAGGUGUGAAGAGGCAGCUAGAUAUCAAUCAUGACAGUGAUGAAAGGCCAAGUGCUCAGAGUCGCGAUGUACCAAAGAAGCGAACUAAAUCUGGCCAAUCACCGUCCACUGAAGAUGACCAGUCAGCUGACUCUUGCAUCAAACCUACCCCCCCACCAGGAUACAAGUUUGAUGAGAUGUCCCAGGUGAUAUGGAACUACUGUGUGAAGAAGAGACAAACUGAAGAGAUUUUUAAGAGGAAGAUGAUGCUCAGGGAUGCUCUGUAUUCCAUUCUAAAGGGUGUUUUUCCAUAUUGUGGUCUCUAUGUGGUAGGUUCUUCCAUGAAUGGGUUUGGAAGCAAUAACAGUGACAUGGAUAUGUGUCUUAUGCUAACCCAUGGAGAGGUUGAUCAGAGGUUUGAGGCUCCCGAGGUUCUCCUCUUGGCACUAAAGGCGUUGAAAGAAUGUGAUUUCAUCAAAAAUCCAAUGUUAAUUAAAGCCAAAGUGCCUAUUCUCAAGUUCAAUGAUAAAAUCAGUGGUGUUGAAGUAGAUCUCAAUAUCAACAAUGCAGUAGGAAUAAGAAACACACACCUUUUACAUGCAUAUUCUAAAGCUGACUGGCGUGUGAAACCCCUAGUCCUGUUUGUCAAGCACUGGGCAAAGAUCCAUGACAUCAAUGAUGCCAGCAAAGCCACUAUCUCUAGUUUCUCCCUAGUGCUUAUGGUGCUUCAUUACUUACAAUGUGGCUGUAGUCCUGCUGUGAUUCCAAGCUUGCAACAGAAAUUUGCACACAAAUUCUCUGCUGAUCUUGACAUCACUUCCUUACGGUUGGAAGAGGACCUUCCACCUUUUAAUUCACUCAACAAGCAGACUUUAGGAGAGCUUUUUCUUGGAUUUCUGGAAUACUAUGGACAAAAGUUUGAUUUUAAACAUGAAGCCAUAUCCAUCCGUCUUGGCUGUAAGUUGCCUGUAGGAACCAUGAUGCGACAGGAUAUGCUGCGAAAUCCAGUUUCCCAGUGGAAGUGGCUGUGUAUAGAAGAACCAUUCAACUUAUCUAAUACAGCAAGGUCAGUUUAUGAUGAGUAUGCCUUCCAAAGAAUAAGGAAAGUAUUUCGAGUGUGUGCCCUGGAGCUACGACAAAGUGGGAAUUUGGACUCUGUCUUAACAAAUCCUGCAUAAUGGUAUGCCCUACAUGCUGCUUAUGUAACUAUGAUGCUACUGACAAAAAUUAUAAAGGAAAAUUUUUGAGAAAUGGCUGGCAAAAUACAUGUAUGAACAGAUUAUGUGCAUAUUUGUGUUUUGUAAUGAAAAUGCAUUGCAGUUGAAAAGGCUUAUGAGCAGGAAGUGACUCAACAAGUCCGUGUAUUGACACAGAGCCAUAAUUUAGAAAGCAGGCAGUUUAGUUGGUCAAAAAUAUAAUGGAAAUAUAAGUAUAUGAGUUUUAUUCUUUGAACAUGAGAAGUAAGCAGAGACAACUAACAAGUAAUAGCCUUGCAUUUGAGUAUUUUUAUCAAACAAAGUUUAGAGAUAACACUCCAUGCUUCUUAAUGAUUUUGAAGCCACAUAUUUGCCAAUUAUGUCAGGAAAAUUUAUCCUACACAGAUGAUUUCUUCACUCCUCAUCAAUUCAUCUGUCUAUACCUCCUGUCAUGUUUUUAAUUUUGAGUUAUUGUUUCCUUUUGUUAUAUAAUUUUGAAAUAAAGGUGCUUAUGAAUAA